UGAUAUUAUUUUUAAAUGAACGGGUUAAAAUCCAGAAUGUGGUCUCUGUUUUAUCACCUGACACAGCACUCGUCGUUUGGAGAGCUCAUAUUGUUGGGCGCUGGUGUGAAGAGGACAAUGAUGUAAUGGCGUCGCGCGUGACUGGUCGAUAAUCAAUACAUGUAGCAGGAAGAGCAUAGUCUGAAAAACGAAAGCAUCCACAUCAAAGGGUCUUGGGUGAAGAGAAGAAGUUCCAUGGCUUCCAUGGCUCCAACUUUGUUUGACGAGAAGCCGGAGCCUGGGGACUUGAUCGAGAUUUUCCGGGGGACCUACCAGCACUGGGCUGUGUACAUUGGAGAUGGUUACGUCAUCCACCUUGCUCCCCCAACUGAGACCGCACACGGUGGAGCCUACAGCAUGAUGUCAGUCCUGUGCGACAAGGCCAUCGUAAAGAAGGAGGAGUUAUGGGAAGUGGUGGGGACAGACCAGUACCGUAUAAACAACCUGCUGGAUGACAAGUACGAGCCAAGGAGCUCUGAUGCCAUUAUGAGAGAGGCCCAGAAACUGCUGGAGCAGGAGCUGCCAUACUGCGUCUUCAGAGGAAACUGCGAGCAUUUUGCCACAGAGCUGCGAUACGGGAAGGCUGAGUCACGCCAGGUGCGCCAAGCUGUGGAGGUGGGAGUGGGAGUGGGCGUGGCCGCAAUGAUUGGCGUGGGAGUACUUGCUGUGGCUGCCGCCAUCUUUGGGGGUGGGCGCAAAGAGAGGAAGGAGAACCAAUGAGCUGAAGGAGUUCACAGAAGCACACAACCGCAAAGCCUUAAAGUAAUUCUGCGGAAGUACUGCCAUAUACGGACUUUGCUCUCCCUACCCUAGGAAUGGCAAAGCCCUGCGAUUUUGUAGAUAACCUGUUUUCUAAUUCACAAAGCAGCUGAUAAGCCACUGAAAAACAAAAAAAUCAAUGAGUGACUGAUGCUUUUGAACACACUUACCCCUGCACAAAUCCCAGUGUUCCAACUUAUCCUGAUUAGGCAGCAAUGUAACAUGGCUUAAGGUUACCUUACUUCUUUGUUUUACUAAUAACAUUAAAUACAGUGAGAUCAGCUGUGGUUUGGAAAUUUAACAUGUAACUGGAAACCUGUAGGGUGAAAUUUCAGGUGGUGGACAAUAUUUAGCCUAAAUUACUUAGAAACACAGCUAUAUAAAGUUGUUCAAUAUGAGCUAUUUCAGUCACCUCAGUUAAGGGCAUCUAAUGCGCAAAUAAAUGGAACAUUUAUAGUAUAUUAGCUAAAGGUGUGUAGGGACAGCUCUAUGGUCCAUUGUAAGAAAAUCACAAGGCUUGAGCUCUGGUAGGAGAGAGGAACAUCCAUGAUGGUGCUGUAGAAGUGUUAGGGAUAAUUGAACACCAAGAAUCUAUAAAAAAUUGUGAUUAAUUUCAGUCUGA